UUCAGUGAUGAACUGAGCUUGCAGUUUAUUGAUGGUAUUUUGCAAUUCGGUGACCGGUGUAGAUGCUCUAAAUGUUGGACCUGGUAGAAUUCCCAAAAUCCUGCCUGCCACCAAGUGGUACUAAUACCGUGUUUUGUUUUCCAGGUGCUCCAGCCGGUCCUACAGCGCGCAUCUCCGUCAAGAAAGCCUUCUGCAUCAACAACUUCGGACCCCGGGAGCCGCUUCUGAAGUUCGGGACGCACGCAAACCUCGAAGCAGUAGGUGUGCAGGAGGAGGAUGCCGAGGAACCGCAGUUCGCAGCGAGGCCCUCGGCUCAGGGGUGCAUUGAGGAGCUCGACUUGAAUGACCUCUGCCGAGUUGAACCAGGGGAAAGCCUGGAAGAAAAAGUAGCAACGCUGAAGCGAUUGCAGCAGCUAGGGGUUCGGCGGCUGAACAACGUGUGGUGUAACGCAGACUCUUCGUGGGCCUUGGACGUGCUCUGUUGUGCCGCCUCCACGCUGGAGGAGGUCUGCAUUUUCGACCCCAGCGAGGAGCACCUUCUCGCGGUGCAAGGCAUGCCUCGGCUGAGACGCAUGCGUGUCAGCUCCAGGGCGCCUCGUUCUUCACCGCUCUCGACGCUUGUGCUGCCCAAGGCUCAGGGUGGCCUCAAGUGGCUGAGUGUCGCCGGCCUGCCUCGGCCCACCCUGCUCUCGCUGCUCCAGGCCCUUAGUGCCUCCCUGGAGGUCCUGAUCCUGGAGGCCGAGUUGCCGUCCGUGAGAUCCUCCGUUCCCGGAGAGUGCCACAGUGGGCCUAGAGAACCCGUUGAUGACUUGAUCGACCUACUGGCUCAGUGCGAUCUCCGCCUAUCGCGGCUCGUGUUGCGGAGGCCCUGCGGUUGCCGGCCCUGCAGCGCACAUCGUCGUCCAGAGGACCUUUCACUUCGACAGCUAUGAUACACGCGGACUCCCGCUUUACAAACCGCACGCUUCGAGUGAACGCGGAGGGCACCAGGACGGGAACCCAUCCACUGCGGCGCAGGUUCUAGUGCACGCCACAUCGCCGUCGAGGAGGAAGCUUUCAGUGUGGACUGCUUUGGGCAAGGCGCCGCCCUGCCGUCCCAGCCACAGUUCUGCAGCGAGCACGGCGCGAGUGGCAGCCAAUCCAGUGCGGCACAGGGCAUGCCACAA